AUGUCGCGAAUUCGAUUACCGAGGCAGCUAUUCCCCCGGUUUCCAGACCAUUUUCGUGACCUUUCUGACUGGCUGAAUUUCACGGAACCAACAUGGGGCUACACAAUCUACCGGACAACCUGCACCCCGCAAUCUCAUGCCGCUUUCCCGCGUAUGGUCGACCUUACCACGGCGUACAUCAAGAAUGGAUUUUACGGGCAAUACGAAUCCUACCUCCGCUAUGACCCUAGUGCAGAUAAGUUCAACAGAACUCCCUUCGAUGAAAUGUGGGCUAAGUACAAGCCACGCGUUAUCGAAGAUGCUUCCCAGUUCGACGGAGCAUCGAUAGAUCAGGUCCGCGCGCAUUUUAAAGCCUGGGCAACUGAGCGAGAUAUGCUCGAUCGCUUUCCUAGUUACCGCAUGUUUAUUAUGAUUGACGAGGAGAGUUUUCAGACUUUACAAAACGCUCCACUUCCAGAGGACCUGCCACAAAGAUUAGAAGAUAUGCAGCGUCAUUAUGUGAAAGUCGUUGAGGCAUUAGAGGAAGACCCCGAGCCGCCGUUUCCAGGGUGGAUGAAGUGCUCCCUAUCCGGGAUUUUCGACCUAUGGCCGAAUAUGCAGGAGGGGGCUUACCUGGAGGAAAGCUAUUCGCUGAGACCCCGCGGCACAGAUAAUAUCACCAUCGUCAUAAUUGCCUCGACAUCCUCUAACGGCGCAUUCAUCGGCUUCGUGCGUUCCGGCGUCGGUGCAACCCCACCGAUAGCUGAACAGCAAGCCAUGUGGUGGACGGCCUUCAUCACAUGGUACAUGCAAAUGCCCACGGACCCUCCCCACUACCAUCUUCUUGCCACUAAGGGGUCUCGUAUCCAGUACGGCGUCGACCACAGCCGGUACAUGAGCACGUUCGCCAAGGAUUUCGGCGGUGCAUCAGGACUACUUGAGCUGUAUCGCCACCAUGGGCUCGAAAUCCUGCUAAUCUACUGCUUUGGUGUAUCGUGUGUUACAAUUUACAGGUUGCUCGGACCAUUUGAGUCCUCCGUUGCGCCUGAGAUUGCUCGGGCAGAACUGGCCGAGACAAUUUUCCGACGGGGUUAUACUGGAAACGUUUUCUUUGGAGUGAUACCAAUGCUCUUUUAUGGCGUUGUCAAUUCUGUGGAGUUGUCCCUCGACUUCAUCGGGCUGCUUCCCCCCAAACCAGAGCUUGAGUAUGGUGAACUUGAAAUAAAAGGCAACGUUUAA